CGGGAGCGCGGGGGGGCCCGCGGAAACUCCGAGCGCGUCCCGGCCUCGGCUCCGGAGCGCGGGGGGCCGGCGCGCAGAACCGGGCGGGAAGCCUUUGCUGCGGGGACGCUUGGCCAGGGACGCCCCCCGGGGCGGUCCCCCAGCCCGGCCGACUCCUGCCGAAGGACUCGGCAGGUCUUUCCCCACCCUUUCUCUGCCUUGGCUACCUCCCCUGCACUCCGCCUUUCUCCCUCCCUCCUCGUCGCCUCUCUCUCCCGCUUUGCAUCGUUCUGUUCCUUCUCUAUAUUUCCAUCUCCUGUUUCUCUCUUCUGCGUAUCUUUAGUCCCCACUUCUCUGUCUCUCCCUCCCUCUCUCCUCGCUCUCUCCUUUUUCUUCAGUGUAUUUUCUUUCUCCUUUCCCUCCCUCCCUCUCCCGGCUUCCCCGUCCGGUUCCUGCUCUGGGGGCGAGAAGAGAACUGCCGGGAACCAAGCCUGUGCUCCUGGGUUUGGGGAGGGUCCCUGGAGCAGAGACCGCACAUUCGGCUGCAUUUUGCGCGAGUGCGUGAGCGCACACACACGCACACACGCACACAAUCCACCGUGCUGUACUUGGAAUUUGCUGGCAGUUCCUCUUCCUGCCCUGUCAUCGUGGCGCAUGCUUUGGAAAGGUUUGCCUUUUACCGUGGGCUCUGUCCCUAAGCUGCGGAGACAGGCACCUAUUAGAAGGGCGGUCCCAGGGAUUUGAAGGCAACACCUGCUGUGGAGGGUGCAUAGGGUCAGUCCGGUGCUGGGUGUUCCGCUUCAGACAGGGUCAGGUUUCCUGAAAGGGAAACAUGGGAUCCUGUGGGCAAAUCCUCAAAGUGCUUCUAGGCAGUGACGGCUCCUGAGUGCCAGGCCGCCUGGUGGCCUCUCCUGCUGCCACGUUUCCCUGGGGAUGGUCACUGAGGCCAUGGGGAUAUCUUGCCACCUCAGGCUUUGCCCAGGUCUGAAUCACCAACACCCCCUCCCCGCCCCAGACAGGAGGUGGGGAGAGCUGGCUCUGGGGUGCUUCUAGGUCAUCCUGGUGAUGGGGACCUGGCAUGGUGCUCCCGACACGGGGGGCUGCUUCUCCACCAGCUUAUCCCCUCAGCCGGACCUGGGCCACAGAAGCCUUAAGAACUGUUUUUUUUUUUUUUUGCGAGGUAGCCAAGGGCGGGGGCUUUGCAGGUCUGUUUCUGGCACCCAGCCCUUUCAGAUAAACUCUUAACUAGCUUUCUACACUGGGGCUGACCAUAGGAUUCCCCGAUCGAUAGUGGGGAAUACAGUGCCCUAAAUCGGGAGGAGAUGUGGGCAUGGCGAGUCGCAGAAACAACCCCACCCUUUUGGACGUUUGGAUAAAACCAGUAUUUCUGGAGCCCUUUGUAAACUGUAGUUGGCCAUACAAAUAGAGGUGGGGUCUCUGUAUGUACACACGUGUUUGUAGAUAAGCGUGUACACAUGUGAACACAUUCAGUCGUCCCCCGAGGUUUGGGGUGAGGUGUGAGGUUCCGAGAUUGGCUGGCGUUCUCUCCGUUGUGAGAAUUGGGGAGACAAGUGUGCAGCUUGCUUCCUCCGGAGUCCGGAGACACAUCCAUUAGACGCUAUCAGUCUGCACGUCUCACACGCAGAUGAGAGAUUUGUCUAAAAUCCCUGUGAGAACCAUUAGAGCCUGGUGUGUGCCUGGGGUGGGGAAAGGGGUGUGGGGGCUAAAGCUGGUGGAUUAAGUCUCUUGUCCCCGCCCACUCCUGGAAUCCCUGUGUGUGGUUCUGGGGUGUAGUCUCAGACACAUUCUUCCUUAUAAAAUCUCUGCAGCCUGGGUAUUUAUUAUAUGACCUUAUUUCAUAACGUAUCAUCGUGGUGUCUUUCUGGGUUGAUAAAAAUCACAUUUGUCUCUCAGCAGAAUGGGGAAAAGAGGGUAUUUCCUUUUGGAGAAUCUUUCCUGGUUCCUUUUCCUCCCCCAUCACCUUCCUCCCCUUCUUUAGUGGUAUUUGGAAACUUGGGUGGGUUUUCUUCUAAACCUGUUACCAUCUUUCUAAGGGUGUCCUAAUUGAGGUUCUGAGGCAACUCCUCAGUAGAAGGAUGGCAUGGUGAACAUCACUGUUCGUGUACAGAGAACAGUCAGACGACAACAGAAAGUUCCAGAUGGGCUCGUUGGACGAUGUUUCAGUGUCUAAAGCACAUCAGUUGGGUGUCUUGUUGCUACACCCAUGUGGUGAUAAAUCCUUCUGACCCAGCCUGCAGUUUCCUUCCAUCGCAAGCCGUGUCAGGACUUACUGACCAGGAAGCAACUGACAAGGAAGUAAACGACAGCCUGUGGGCCGAAGCUGACCAACUCCCCCACCGUGAUCGUCAUGGUGGGUCUCCCAGCCCGUGGGAAGACCUACAUCUCGAAGAAGCUGACUCGCUACCUCAACUGGAUCGGCGUGCCCACGAAAGUGUUCAACGUUGGCGAGUACCGCCGGGAGGCCGUGAAGCAGUACAGCUCCUAUAGCUUCUUCCGUCCCGACAACGAGGAAGCCAUGAAAGUGCGCAAGCAGUGCGCGCUCGCUGCCUUGAGGGACGUCAAAAGUUACCUGACCAAGGAGGGGGGCCAGAUUGCGGUUUUCGAUGCCACCAACACUACCAGAGAGAGGAGACACAUGAUCCUUCAUUUUGCCAAAGAAAAUGAUUUCAAGGUGUUCUUCAUCGAGUCUGUGUGCGACGACCCUAUGGUUGUAGCCUCCAACAUCAUGGAGGUUAAAAUCUCCAGCCCAGAUUACAAAGAUUGCAACUCAGCGGAAGCUAUGGACGACUUCAUGAAGCGAAUCAGUUGCUAUGAAGCCAGCUAUCAGCCCCUCGACCCCGACAAAUGUGAUAGGGACCUGUCCUUGAUCAAGGUGAUCGACGUGGGCCGGCGGUUCCUGGUGAACAGGGUCCAGGACCACAUCCAGAGCCGCAUCGUGUACUACCUGAUGAACAUCCACGUGCAGCCCCGCGCCAUCUACCUGUGUCGGCACGGCGAGAGCGAGCACAACCUCCAGGGGAAGAUCGGAGGGGACUCGGGCCUGUCCAGCCGGGGCAGGAAGUUCGCGAACGCCCUCAGCAAGUUCGUGGAGGAGCAGAACCUGAAGGACCUCAGGGUGUGGACCAGCCAGCUGAAGAGCACCAUCCAGACGGCCGAGGCGCUGCGCCUGCCCUACGAGCAGUGGAAGGCGCUCAACGAGAUCGACGCUGGCGUCUGUGAGGAGAUGACAUACGAGGAGAUCAAGGACACCUACCCCGAGGAGUACGCCCUGCGGGAACAGGACAAGUACUACUACCGCUACCCCACGGGGGAGUCCUACCAAGACCUGGUCCAGCGCUUGGAGCCGGUGAUCAUGGAGCUGGAACGCCAGGAGAACGUGCUGGUCAUCUGCCAUCAGGCCGUCCUGCGUUGCCUCUUGGCCUACUUCCUGGAUAAGAGUGCAGAAGAGAUGCCUUAUCUGAAGUGCCCCCUUCACACCGUCCUCAAACUGACACCUGUCGCUUAUGGCUGCCGUGUGGAGUCCAUCUACCUGAACGUGGAGUCGGUGAGCACACACCGGGAGAGGUCAGAGGACGCAAAGAAGGGACCUAACCCGCUCAUGAGACGCAAUAGUGUCACCCCACUAGCCAGCCCUGAGCCCACCAAAAAGCCUCGCAUCAACAGCUUUGAGGAGCAUGUGGCUUCGACCUCCGCUGCGCUGCCCAACUGCCUGCCCCCGGAGGUGCCCUCCCAGCUGCCCGGACAAAACAUGAAAGGCGCCCAGAGCGGCAUCGACGCGAGGACACACUGAGGCCGACCCGGCGGUUCCAUCCCAGUUCCAUUCCUGCAGCUUACUUAGUGCUUUUCCCAUCUGCCCGAGGCCGGCGAUCCCAAGGACUUCCGGAGUGGGGUGGGUGGUAUGGAAGAGGGGCCUGCUGGUCGGAGACAACCGUGCCCCCGACCGUGGCGGGGCAGCCGAGACCCAGGAGGUCUCUCCCGUGUGCGUGCGUGGGAUCUACGCCGUGGCUGCCCUCAUCCCACGCCACCCCUGGUCCCACGGACCCUCCGUGUGGCUCGGAAAGGACGAUGAGCCACGGAAGAGGAACUGGGAGAAGGCCCCGAGGAGGGGACGUCGGCCUUCAUGCUGUUCUGUUUGUUUAGUUUCUGUGAUCCUGACCCGGUAUGUUCCCAGUGUGGGGAGAAGAAGAUAGGGAUGGUGAGAACUUUCACAAGGCUCUUCUGUGCAUCGCGGCCCGGACACUUGCUGCCUCGCGAAGGAAGGAUUCAGGCCCCCGCCCGGGCUGGGCCAGAGGUGGAGGGAGAAGGCUCUGAGCCAGACGCAUGUGUGGGAUGGGCUGUCACCCUGCCACGGGCCACACCUUCCUUCCUGGGUCCGCAUUCUUCUUCUGGAGACGCUCAAGGACAGUCUGGCUGCGUCAGCAAAAGGAACUAUGGCGCCGGAAGAGCCCCAGGGCCUCCCCUGCCCAGGCCGCUCUGCCAUCUCUGCUCUCCUGCCUGAAGGCGGACAGGAAAGUUGCACCUUUUCUUCCGGAACUUCCAUGUUUGGGGUUCGUACCCUUGGGUGCCAGAGCUCGGAAAGCACAUGGGGAACGGCAUGUGCAAGAGAUGGGGAGCUCAGAGGGACCCCAGUCCAGCAGCUGGGAAGCAAGUUGUUCGGAUCCAUGCCCGACUGACCCGGAGGCAGAGCAGAGAUGAGCAAGGCUCUGGCGUCCUUCCUUCAGGAUGUUCACGGUCACCCUGUGCUUCCCAGGUGGGUCUGGUGGCCCAGCCGGGACCCCCCCACCCCACCCCCGCCACCUGCAGCUGCUUCCUCCAAGAGACUCUCUGGGCUCCUGGCAGGCCUGAGCUCCAUCGUGCCUGUCUUCAUGGAGCGUCUGCUAUACUCCUGGCCCGGGGCUGGGCUGCUUGGGAUCCCGAAGAAGGGCAUGUCCUCGUUUGCCUUGAUGGCUCCUGUGGCCUUUCUGGGGGUGGUUCAGAGCAGGGCUGUGGGACCUGUGGUUUUGAACACCUGUAGCUUCUGCCUCCUGGUUUCUCCUUGCUGUCUCCGUGGACUGGAGAUGACAAGGUGUCUGGAGGCCCCAGAAGAAACGAUUUGGAGACUCUGUGGUAGAAUUUGUCCAAAUGACCCUUCGAAGAAUCUCCAAAAGCUGGUGCCAAAGGUCACUUCCCUGGCUCACCCUCUGCUUUCACGCUUGACGGUCUCGCCCCUUUGAGCUGACGAGAGAGGUACUGGGGGUCGGGUGGGGGUGGGGGGCUCGGACAUCCAGAGUGGGGGUCAGACAAUGCAUGUUUCUCUGCUUGGGGUUCAGUGGGGCACUGGGACGUGCUUCUGCUACCGUACAGUCAAGUUCACAGAUUUCACACCGGAACAUUCAGAUCCUCCCCCAUUCUUCCCCAGUAGGCACUUUGCCCAAGAUGAUGUCCGACAUCUGUGUUCCUGUGUGAAUGAAGAUGGGUUAUUGUCCCUUUCUUGCCACCUUGAGUCUCGGUAGAUGGCAAGUGUGUGCGCACAAGUGUGUGCUGGUAGGUUGGUCGUUUUUUAGACAGAAGGGCCUGUGGUGCACGGCUUUCUAGAGUCCCUCUUUCUGGCCUCCUUGUCACACUGGCCACCAGAGCCGACUGAGUUUUGACCCUUCCCACCGAUCCCCGGGGCUGUGUGCGGGUGCCCUCCCCGGCCUCCAGCUGCCAAGGUCCAUACCUACGGAAGCGAGCAUCCUGAACAUUCGUUCGUGCAGGCCCGAUGGGGCCAGAGGACGUCAACACAGACGAGGAGAGAGACCCCAGAGAGAGCGCAGUGCUUCCCGACGGAGGCCGCUCUCUGACUCGAGGCGCUGGACGGAGGGCGUGUUUGAGCUGUGGUCACGGGGGGCUCCGGCUGCUCUGACUAUCGCCUCUCACCCCCUCCCCCCCGAAAAAUAUCUGGGACCAAUUUUGUUAACUUGGCAUCGUUGUUUUGGGGUGGGCUCACCCCCUGUCCUUAUUCUGUCCUGAGACCACGGGCGAAGCUCGUCCUCCACGGGGAGAGGAGAAGCAACCACACCAAUGAUGUUUUCGUUUGUAAUACUUGAAAUUUAUUUUUUUAUUAUUUUGAUAGCAGAUGUGCUAUUUAUUUAUUUAAUACGUAUAAGGGAGCUUGAACAGAGAAAGCUGUAUAGAUCGGGUUUCGUUGUGCGUUGGUUGGUUUGGGGGCCUUUUACGUGUGACUCACGACUCCUCUGUGUUCUGGACACUGUCUGAAUUAAUGACCUGGGAUAAGGCUGUGCCAGCUUUCAAACGGGAUGCUUUUCAGAAAUUUGUAUAUUUUGCAGUUGCCAGAACAAUAAAAUACCUGGUUGAAAUUC